ACGAAAUGCAGCCUAGGCCCGCCGCCGCCCCGCUCUCCGCUCCCGCCCCUCCCAACGAUUCCGCCGCCGCCGCCGCCGUAGUCUCUAUCCUCAGCGACGCGGACCCCGACAACCGCCUCCGCGCGUCCGGCAUCAGCCCGGACCCCGCCCUGUUCCCGCACCUCCGCCAGUCGCUCACCACCCUCCCCGAGUCCGCGUUCCCCGCGCUCGCCCGCUGGGCCGGCUCCGCCGCCGCCGUCUCCCUCCUCGCCUCCCGCGGCCUCUUCGCCGCAUCCUGGCGCCUCCUCCUCCUCCAGUCGCCUUCAUCCCCGCCCCCUCCCCUUGCCGCCUUCGCUCCGCUCGUCCGCCGCUACGCCCGCCUCGGCCGCUCCUCGGCGGCUCUCCGCGCAUUCCACUUCCUCCGCCGCAACCCCGACCGCUACACGGUCGAUGGCGACGGCGCCCCCGCCGCGACCUCCCUCCUAAACAUGGCUGUCGGGGCGCUCUGCAAGGAGGGCCACCCGCGCCCGGCCGCGAAACUCGUCGAGCGGUGCCGGCGCGAGGGGGAGCUGGCGCCCGAUGAACGGACCUACAACAUGCUCCUCGAUGGCUGGUCCAGCGCCCGCCGGCUGGACAAGGUCGGGAAGCUCUGGGCUGAGAUGCGCGUGGCCGGCGUGCGCCCGACGGUGGUCUCCUACGGGACUCUCAUCAAGGCGGUUUGUCGGAUGCAGCAGCCGGACCAGGCACUGUCUCUCCUCGACGAGAUGCGGAAGGAGCGGAUCGAGGCGAAUCUGGUUACCUGCAACCCCAUCGUGCAUGCCCUCGCUCAUGCCGGCCGAUUUCGGGACGCAUACAACCUGCUCGAGAAAUUUCCUCUCUACGGGGUGGCCCCUAAUAUCUCAACAUUCAACUCGCUCGUGUUGGCUUACUGCAAAUAUGGAGACCUUGCCGGGGCAAGCGGUGUGCUCAAGGCCAUGAUGGGGAGGGGCAUCUUGCCAACUGCAAAAACGUACAAUUACUUCUUCGUGUUCUUUGCCAAGACCGGGAAUGUUGAGCUGGGGAUGAAUCUUUAUAACAAGAUGGUCAACAAUGGUUAUGCGCCGGACCAGACCACUUACAACCUCCUGGUCAAGAUGUUGUGCGAGGCUAAUCGGCUUGAAUUAGUGGUGCAGAUGAUAAAGGAGAUGAAGGUUAAUGGCUUUGAGUCUGAUCUGGCAACAAGCACCAUGCUGAUACAUUUGCUUUGCCGAAGCCAUCGGUUUGACGAAGCAUGUGCUGAGUUUGAGGACAUGUUUCGUAGAGGGCACGUGCCCCAGUAUAUCACUUACAGGAUGCUUAUGAAAGAGCUCAAGCGGCUGGGUUUGGUUCAACUGGAAGAGAAGUUGACCGACCUAAUGCGCUCAGUACCACAUUCUACAAAGUUGCCUGGCAGCUACAGGGAAAAGGAAGGCGACAAUGCUAAAGAAAAGAGAAAAUUAAUAUUGGAGAAAGCUCAGGCUGUUUCCAAUGUUCUGAAGGAGUGUAAAGAUCCGAAGGAGUUGCACAAGCUAAAAGAUGAUGAAGAAACUGAUGUCCAGGUUGCAGAUAGGAUAGUAGCCAACAUUAGAAAAAGAGUAUAUGGGGGUGUCUCUAGGUUAGCCUCUCCACCUCCUUGAACAUCGAGUUGGCAAAAUCAAAUCAUGAAGAUUUACUGGAUGAUCAGGGAUUUAGAAGUUGAUCACCUAACCAAUUUAUAUUUCACAUGGUUGAUUGCCCUUUGGGAUGUUCAAGAAGCAAGAAGAGAUUGUAACCUCUAAUCCUGUUUGGUUCUUUUUGUGGAUUGGAUAUCCUCCAUGAGAAAUUCACAGAACAGAAGCAGUGGACAUGCAUGAAUUAAUUUAGUGCUUAAGAUGUGGGAUGGAACACACAAGCCUUCUCCAUAUAUGAGGACUGCCUGUGAAUAAAUAGAUAGAAAGAAAAGGGGAAGAAACCCCAUACGAAGUCUGAGCACAAACGACCUCCAUGGCUCCAUCCUGAAAACAACUCAAACAAAACAGUGCCCUGAAAAUAACUACUACUACUAACAACAACCCAAGAAGAAGAGCAGCUGCAUAGCAAGGCAGAUGGAGAAACGGCAGACCACCAAAAUGACCCUGAAGAAAGAUCGACUAGGAAGUUGGAGGGACAGCAGUCAAUCGAAACGACCCUGAAGGAACGUUGAUUGGGACUGAAACAACAUGGAGCUGGCUCUGCUGAAUCAAGACCCACUAUCCCACAUCCACAGGCGCAAAGAAUUGUGAAUACUUGCUGUAGCCCAUAGCAAGCGUCCACUCUGAUUUUCUAUAGAGCUCAUUGCCCUGCGGUGCCAGGCGGCACGUAGUCGCAUCAACAAACUUUCUUCAGACUUUUCAUUGUACAUUCACAUUGGAACACAUAGAUAAAUUGCUCGCUGUCAAUUGCAACUAAAGGUCUAAGAAUUAUCUUUUUAUAUGUAUUUAAUAAAAUAACUGAAAUGUAUAACUACAUUGAGUCAGCAAUUGCAUGUUCUAACUGCAUAACCAGCCACUAAAGAACGUGUGAGACACCUAGGAUCAGCACAGAAGGAUUGCUUAUCAAGUUCAGGCAACACAAUGAUACAGAUGUAAGUAGUGCUUUCAUUGACCUGCAUUUUUUGUUCAGGCUCCUGAAGUUCAUCUUAUCUUUGAUUAAAAAAAAACUAUGCCUCCUUAUCUUCCGUUCUACUAAGAGAUGCGUUAUUCUGCCCUGCAUUUUGUAUUGUUCUUGCCCUGCUUUUGGUUUAGUUUGCCCAAGAUAGUUUUAUUCUGUUCCACAAUUAAGUUUUAUGAUGUAAGCAUUUUUGUUUCUACUU